AUGUCAAAAGCCGAAUCCUCCAAAGCCGCCGCCAGCAAUGGCGUCAAACCAAACCCCAAUGCGGCCGGCGGUGCAAACUACGAGCUGCCAUGGGUAGAGAAAUACCGUCCCGUCUACCUCGAUGAUGUCGUGGGCAAUACCGAAACCAUUGAGCGCCUCAAGAUCAUCGCCAAAGAUGGCAACAUGCCCCAUAUGAUCAUCUCUGGGAUGCCUGGUAUCGGCAAAACCACAUCCAUCCUCUGUCUCGCACGCCAACUCCUCGGUGAUGCCUACAAGGAGGCUGUCCUCGAACUCAAUGCCUCAGACGAACGUGGUAUAGACGUCGUCCGCAACAGGAUAAAGGGCUUUGCGCAGAAGAAAGUCACACUUCCCCCGGGCAGGCAGAAGCUGGUCAUCCUCGACGAAGCGGACAGCAUGACUAGCGGCGCACAACAAGCUUUGAGGAGGACGAUGGAGAUAUACAGUGCAACAACCCGAUUCGCAUUCGCUUGCAACCAGUCGAACAAGAUCAUCGAGCCGCUGCAAUCGAGAUGCGCCAUCCUCCGAUACGCCCGCCUUACCGAUGCGCAAGUCGUGCGCCGCGUCAUGCAGAUCUGCGAAGCCGAAGACGUGAAAUACUCAGACGAUGGAAUUGCGGCAUUAGUGUUCUCAGCAGAGGGAGACAUGCGACAAGCCAUCAACAACCUACAGUCGACGUUCGCUGGUUUCGGCUUCGUCAAUGGCGACAAUGUCUUCAGGGUGGUCGAUAGCCCGCAUCCCAUCAAGGUGCAAGCCAUGAUCAAGGCAUGCCAUGAGCAGCGUAUCGACGAUGCUCUGACAUCACUGAAAGAGCUGUGGGAUCUGGGAUACUCGUGUCACGACAUCAUCAGCACGAUGUUCAAAGUUACAAAGACGAUUGACACGCUAAGUGAGCACGCAAAGCUGGAAUUCAUCAAGGAAACCCCAACCGCUCUUGAACUACCCUCGCCGGCUAUCCCAUUCGUCACCUCUGAUGUGCAGGAAACCCACAUCAUUCCUGACCUCGACAAAUCUCCACUCUCGAUCGCCCAGACCCCCAAGGAGACGAAGCGACCUCCUCCCAUUGACACCACACGUAACUCGACCAUCGACAUAGCGAAAAUCACCCCACCAGGCCAGACGGACAAGUUCCCCAAAGAGGCUCUAGGUACCUAUACACCCAAAAACGCACCCGUGACAGACGCCAUGAUCGAACGCACAUACCAAAGCAUUCUACGAGGGGACUUCGGCAUCGAUCUCAACACGUUCAAGCCCGACGAGAACGACCCGGAUUACGAUGUACGAAGGCACUUGUCGUUGGUGCAGCUGGCGCUAUUGGCGACGAUGCAGGACGACCACCAGGAUAGGAUUAUCGAGGCUAUCCGCGAUGAUGCCGAGGGUAGUGUCUUCUGGAAGGGACCUGGUAGUGAGGAUGCUGGGAUUGGAUGGCGGAAGGAUGAUGAGGAGUUUAAGGCUGAGAUCUGUAGGCAGCGUUGA